UGGAAGGACCAGUUGAAUUUCAAGAGCAGACGACAAUGGAGACAUCAACAAAUAAUGGAUUUGAGGGAGAAAUGGAUGUAUCACCCAGAGAUGAACCAUCGGGAUUCCGCAUGGAGAAUUCCAGGGAAACCAUUCGAGGAAUUGGCUCCACAAGCAAACAAGAUACCAGAAAAAAUACCAGUAGAAUUUCAGCAGUUGAUGUUAGAAAUGAAGUAAACAACUUGUUACAUCUAGCAACAGCCCCAAAUACUCAGGAAACAUACAACCAGGGACUAAUAUGCUUUGAGGAAUUCCAGGAUUCCCUAAACCUUAGCAAAAUAUGGCCCCCUACGUUAGAGCAAAUAGUUCUAUUUAUAGGUUAUAUGUCAGCAAAACAUCUCUCAGUGGCAACAGCUAGAACUUACAUUUCAGCUAUUUCUUACAAACUAAAAAUUCAAAACAAUAGGGAUGAAACUCAAAGCUUUCUGGUUAAGAAACUCUUAGAAGGAUUCAGAAGAAAGGUCAAGAAAAAUGAUGCCAGACUGCCAAUUACAUCAAAUAUAUUAAAUCAAAUACUACAAAGUUUGCACUUGGUUUGUACAAACUACUAUGAAUGCAAACUGUUUCAAGCCGCCUACACUUUAGCAUUUUUUGGUUUCUUUAGAGUUGGAGAAAUGACAGUAAAAAACCAAAAAGAUCUGGGACAUGCAAUUGAAUAUGAAGACAUAACAAUGUUUACAGAAGAAAAUAAAAUCCAAAUAAAAUUAAAGCAUUCCAAAGUGGAUCAAAUAGGGGAAGGAGAAACAAUUACUAUUCAGAAUAGCCAAUUUGGGUCUCAAAUACAACCAAUUAAGAUUAUUCAAGAAUAUCUAGCAAUACGACCUUCAGUGCAGGGGAAGUUGUUCUGUCAUUUUAGUGGACAACCACUAACUAGAUACCAAUUUACGGCAGUUUUAAAUAAAGUUUUGUCGAUAAUAGGGUUAGAAGGUAAAAAAUACAAGUCUCAUUCAUUUAGAAUUGGGGCAGCAACCAGUGCAGCAAUGUUUGGUAUGUCAGAGGAAGAAAUCUGUAAAGCAGGAAGAUGGAAAUCUAAAGCAUACAAAAUUUAUGUUAGGAUGUAAUCAUAAUAUAAAUGUAGGUGUAACCCUUAAGACUGUCAUAUGUUUAAGUAUAUAUGAAAAUGGUUUCAAGUCAUAUAAUUAUAUAAUCUUGUCAUGUCUCUAUAUAUACACUUUCAGAACAACAGGUAUGGGUAGUGGGCUCAUCAAUAGUCAAAAGAGCAUUUUUAGCAGCUAGAAUCAGACCAGAUGGAGUUAACUUGGGACUAAUGGAUAGAUUAAAUGUGUCUAUUUGGUGGCAAGGAAAAGGGGGUAUGG